UGAACUUCUUUGUAAGGCUUAUGGCAAUUAGUGUUGAUAUCAGAUAUGAUUUUGUUUUAGUGUUCAUUAUUUAAAUAUAAAUAAAAAGUAAAAAAAAAACGACAAUCAUGUUUGCAAAUUUUGUUUAAGCGAACUUAAUGCAGUAUCUUGUUGUAUUUUACUUAAAAGGUUAACUUUUAUAUCUCGAAGUUUUAUUUAAACGGCAUAAUGCCAACUUGGCAUCUCGUCGUAGCCGGAAUUCUCACAGUGUGUGUUAUUAAAACAAUAUCUGCGUCUGGAGCAGGUAUGCAAACGAAAUGCAAUGGACGCCGCUGUCUCGUGGAUGGACUGUGCUCGUUUAAUAACAAUUGGCAAGAAUGUGUAUGCGCACAGGGGUACACUUUUGCGGACAACAUGAAUGACAGAUGCGUUGACCUAGAUGAAUGUGGACAACACUUCCACGAUCCUUGUGGCCAUAGAGGCGUUUGCAUGAACACUGUGGGCAGCUACAGAUGCGCUUGCCUUCAAGGAUGGAAGUCAAACAAUCAUUGCCUUCCAAAGGAUUCCGAUCCUUUUCUAUGCAUGCCGGGAUAUACUGGCAACAUAUGUAGUGAGAGUUACUGCGGAGUCAAUGGCUACGGCCAAUCCGUGGGGGACACCGAUGACUACAUAUGUGUUUGCAACACCGGCUGGACGCACAAGUCCAGCAAGGGAGUCUGUGAUGUCGACGUCAACGAAUGUAUAUUGACUCCGGGUAUCUGUGCGAAUGGAGCUGCGUGUGAGAAUUUGAACGGUACUUACCGAUGUCAAUGUCUACCAGACUGGCAUGGAACCAACUGCACUCAUUUCAACUGUACAGGUCGCGCAUGCGCAAACCAGGGUUUGUGCAUUGAUGGGGCAUGCACGUGUACAGGAGGAUGGAUUGGACCGGACUGUCGACAGCGCCCGACAACAACAGCCAUGUCCACGACGGAAAAUGGUUACACGGCGAAAGAGGAUACUUCGGGUAAAAAAUCCUCAAUGAAUGACACGACAACAACAGCCAUGUCCACGACGGAAAAUGGUUACACGGCGAAAGAGGAUACUUCGGGUAAAAAAUCCUCAAUGAAUGACACGACAACAACAGCCAUGUCCACGACGGAAAAUGGUUACACGGCGAAAGAGGAUACUUCGGGUAAAAAAUCCUCAAUGAAUGACACAUGUGGUCGUAGCUUGUUUGUGUGA